AUGUCCGCUUGCAAGCCAAUCGUUCUUCUACUGAGCGUCGCAUGUGUGUGCUAUUUGGUAUCUUCUGCUGCCUCUGAACAGAACUGCAGCGUAAAAAACUGUAAAGUACUGCCAGUUGGAGAGGAUCUUGAAUCGGAAUUUAGGCUGAAGGCCUCCGAGAAGGGCGUGAGAAUAAUCUACUUGAAUCUGAAAAUCGGUAACAACAGCUACAAUCCGCUGGACUUACCAGACGAGAUUCUACCAAACAGUUGGAUGUGGGCUCCGUCGAUUACUGAACCUAUGCUGUCUUUGCCGUUAGAUUUCGAUGUUUUAUCCCUGGGACUUCUGAAUUAUCAAGUGCGAAGCAUGACAGUGCCACUCAGAGAUAAACCGAGCGGAUGCCUUGCGGGCCUGAAUUCAACAUGUCAGAACAUGGCCGUCGGAAGCGCACUGUUGGACAAUGUCACAAGAGGCAGCUCCGUAAAGCUAUCCCGUAGGACAGAGGUGGUUUGUGUUUUAAUUAUCAAGAAGGAACUUCAUUCGAAUUACCGGUCUAUAAAGUAUCAUUGCUGUGGUUUUAAUGUCUCUAGAAUUAACUGUAAUUUUCCCGUCAUCAACAGCAACUGGUUCAAAGCAAUAGAUUUGUUUCUAGCUGUUCUAUCGACUCUAGUAAUAUUUUAUUCCCCGGCGCUCCUUCUACUAUUGCCAGACUGUAUUGUCAAUCUGAAGAAUGAAUUUGCCGGCGAAAAUGACACGGAAAAUCAACAAACUAAUGGCGAACAAGCCGAUUCAACUGCUUUGCCCACGGCCGAUGGAAAUCAGCAAACUCCUGAAAAUCAAAACGAGGAAGUAGACAGGGACAACGGCCAAGAACGUCCCACAGCCGACGGAAAUCAGCAAACUCCUGAAAAUCAAAACGAGGAAGUAGACAGGGACAACGGCCAAGAACGUCCCACAGCCGACGGAAAUCAGCAAACUCCUGAAAAUCAAAACGAGGAAGUAGACAGGGACAAUGGCGAAGAACUUCCCGCAGAUGACGCGAGUCCGAUAACCUGUUCAACGCUUUUCCUCCAAUGUGUCCAGCGGCUGCCUGGUUUAAAGAUGUCGUUUAACCUCAAAUUAGCGGUAUUACUGUUUUGCAUUUAUCCGUUUCCCGUUUAUGUUCAGCUGGGAUUUUACCUUAACUCAAAGCAGCAAUAUAUCCACCAACGCCUCACGAAGGUGCCGCCGUGGGAAGGAAAUGAAAUUUCCGACUUUUCCCUCUUCUUCAUAAACAGAGAAAAUACUUUUUAUUUAGCCGUAGUGGCUUUAACAUUUUUGAUGGCUGCUUUGUUUUUAAGACCAAAAGAUUUUUUCCUACCGAAGGAAACCUAUUGUCUUUUGUGUGCAGCAGUUCACCCCUUCUUCCGUGUCGAUAUACCUGCUCUUCCUACUGCACAACUGAACCGAACUUCUGUUACUCUUGGAGAAAAAAUGAUUCAGCAUAUGAAAAUACUCCGGGAAGUGGUAUAUUUUUCGAUGUUUAAAUAUUUUAACCUACAGAAUGAAUGUCUAAAAAUAUUGGUUAGUCUUUCCUGCUAUUUAAACGGAUCACGUCCACUUUCCAUUUUAUUCCUUAUAUUUUAUACUUUUUAUGCACUAUUUCUUAGCAUUGGAUUUGGUGCACUCUGUCUUCUCCCGCUAGUCCUACUGAUAUUUGGCCUACAAUUCUUGUCACCAUUAAUGACUGUGUACUUUUUCAGCAUGUUGAAAAUUAGCAUCAAGCUAAAAAAUCUUAUUCGCUCUUCUCCGGCUCAGAGUUUAAUUUUAUGCAUGUGUGUUGUUAGUGGGUUGUACCUCGGUUUUUUCAUAUACGCUUUAAUUCUCGUAGCAGCAGAUUCAUUUGGCUUUAUUGCUGACUUAAUAGGAUUUACAAUCAUGGGUUUAGUUCUAAAUGUUGAAAUUGUAACCCCUUAUGUAGCCUUCUUGAUCGUUGUCAUAACAAACGUCUAUUUUUGCUAUGCUAGCUUCCAAAGAAGUUACAUGGAAGUUAAAGGAUAUAUCUUAAAAUACUGGCAACAAGAAUCGCAUACAACCGACAGUGGUGAACAGAGUACAAUUCCAGAAAAUCUGUUUUGGUCCGUGAGUAAUCAGGUGUUGCCGGUUAAGAACGAAAUUUGCCGAAUGUUUGGCCACAUAGCUGUCAUUCUCAUUUUUCUGUUUUUGACGAUAUCUUCGAUUAUUUUCUUUGGAAAUGAGUAUGACAUUUCGACCCUAGUGUCCACCAUUGCCGUGUUCAUAAGUGGGGCCAUUCCCAGCUUGUUUUUUAAGGGGCUGACAGGAGGAAAGAACCUGGUAGGGUGGAGGAAGAUCAAACUAGAACGGGAAAUUAAAAAGGAAGUGAAAAAUUACAAGGCAAAAAGAGGUCGUGGUGGUAUAAAAAGUGAACAUAAUGAAAGAGAAGAAGAAACGUCGGCACAAAAUAACAAUAACAUGACUGUAUAA